AUGAUUGCUUCUCGAGCUUUGCGACACAGUAGCUUCAUCGCGCUCGUCGCAUGCCUCUUGCAACUCUCCUCUGCCAAGGACUUGUAUCUCGAUUGCAACUCCGCCAGCAGCGAUGGGGAUGGCAGCAAAUCAAACCCAUUCAGCUCUAUUAAAGAGGCCAAUGCAGCUGUUUUAAGCGCAGGAGACACCUUGAGCAUCAAAUCAGACACAACAUGCUCGGGGACCCUUUCACCCCAGGGUAGCGGUACACAAGAAAAGCCGAUCAUCCUCACCAGCUACGGCGAUGGGCCCUUGCCCAUCAUCAAUGGGUCCGGAGCAGCAGAGGCAGUGAGCCUUACCAACCAAGACUAUUGGGAGAUCUCCAACAUAGCGGUGAUUAACCCAGCUGCCAAGAUCGCCUGGCGCCGCGGCAUUCUUGCAACCUCUUCCGACGGGACCGUGCACCGGGGUCUAUACAUUCAUGACAUUACGGUUUACAAUGUAGCCGGUGAGACCAACAAGGCCACGCAAUCCAGUGCAUUCAUCGCCUCAGGCGGAAUCCUGGUCAAUGGCACCGAGCAUAACAGCCGCUACGACGAUGUCCAAAUAUUCAACAACACAGUUUAUGACUGCGGUGGCGGUGGCAUCAAAGUCCGCGUGGGCCAGAUGGACAACCGCGGCGAAGGGGUCCACGUGUUCUCCAACAACAUCUCCUACGUCGGCGGCGAUGGAAUCGUGGUAUCGUACGGCGUCUCCCCCCUCAUUGAAAGCAAUCUCUGUGGAUUCCUCGGACAUGGAAAGUAUCCCUGGACCGGGGGCAAUUUCGCCGGAAUCUGGGUGCUAGGCUGUCGCGAUGCGGUCAUGCGAUUCAAUGCUGUCCAUGACUCGCUCAUGUCGGAGGUAGACAGUGAGGCAUUCGACUGUGAUUGGGGUAAUGAAGGGACAUGUACUGUCGAGUAUAACUACAGCCAUGACAAUGCGGGUGGUAUAUUCCUGAAUUGUGAUGGCUGUGGGACUCCUGGUGGAGCGAGGCAAAUUGUUCGCUACAAUAUCUUCCAAAAUGAUUGCCGUAUGUAUAGCAACGGAGAUAAUGUGGAGUUGGACUUUUACAAUAAUGUUGUCUAUUGUCCGGAUAAGAAGUUUGAGAUUGCUGUCCCGCCGAAAACGAACAUGUCCAACAAUAUCUGGGUUGGGACUCAGGAUUCAACGUUACCGACUGGCGAUUUAAUUGAGUGGCACGGCAACCUUUUCCAGACUGUGCCACAGCCAGGUGAUACAGCUGGCAUUGAUGGAGAUGCGUUAUUCAUCGAUCCGGGUACCGGCAAGGAUACCAUUGACUCUGUAGAUGGGUAUAAGCUGCGAUCGGGGAGCCCUGCUUUGCUCAAAGGGGUUGUCGUGUCCGAUAAUGGAGGGAGAGACUUUUGGAAUAACAAAGUGUCAUUCGAGCAGCGACCCAAUAUUGGAUCUUACAACGGCAAGGGUCUUUGA